CCCGCGUUAACUCCUUUCCGAUUGCCGGCCCUGACGGUGUGGUCGAGUGGGGCAUUAGGUGUUUUGCUGCACAGAUCUCUGUGUCCUUCCGCAGUUCCCGUAGGCUUCUGCGCAUCCCGCAACGCAUUUGGAGCUGGUUUGACCCUCGGCGCCUGCCGUCGGAAGCCGCCUGCCAGCUGUCGGCGCCUUUGUGCGGCGGAGGAAGGGGAGCGGGGCCGAGGGCGGCGGGCGCAGGGCAGGAGCAGCGGGCAGGAGCCGCGGACAGUGUUUCAGCCAUGUCUGACAAAAGUGAGCUGAAGGCGGAGUUGGAGCGCAAGAAGCAACGAUUAGCUCAAAUCAGAGAGGAGAAGAAGAGAAAGGAGGAAGAAAGAAAAAAGAAAGAAACUGACCAGAAGAAAGAAGUUCUUCCAGUACAAGAAGAAUCUGAUCUUGAAAAGAAGAGAAGAGAAGCUGAAGCAUUACUUCAGAGCAUGGGGUUGACACCUGAGUCUCCUGUUGUCCCUCCUCCUACCUCUCCGUCUUCCAAAUCUGUGAGUACGCCAAGCGAGGCUGGGAGCCAGGACUCCGGGGAUGGUGCUGUUGGAUCUAGACGUGGACCUGUUAAACUCGGAAUGGCCAAAAUUACACAAGUUGACUUUCCUCCUCGAGAAAUUGUUACCUACACAAAGGAGACACAAACACCUGUUAUGACUCAGCCCAAGGAAGAUGAGGAGGAGGAAGAUGAUGUGGUUGCACCAAAACCAUUAGUGGAACCUGAGGAAGAAAAAACAUUAAAAAAAGAGGAAGAGGAAGAAGCUGCACCUCAUGAACUCACAGAGGAGGAAAAGCAACAAAUUUUGCAUUCUGAAGAAUUUUUAAGUUUUUUUGACCACUCCACAAGGAUUGUUGAAAGAGCCCUUUCUGAACAAAUCAACAUUUUCUUUGACUACAGUGGAAGAGAUUUAGAGGACAAAGAAGGAGAGAUUCAAGCGGGAGCAAAACUGUCCUUAAAUAGGCAGUUUUUUGAUGAACGUUGGUCAAAGCAUCGUGUUGUCAGUUGUCUGGACUGGUCAUCUCAGUAUCCAGAAUUACUUGUAGCCUCUUACAACAACAAUGAGGAUGCGCCUCACGAGCCUGAUGGGGUGGCCCUUGUAUGGAAUAUGAAGUACAAGAAAACUACCCCAGAGUAUGUCUUUCACUGCCAGUCUGCAGUGAUGUCAGCUACAUUUGCAAAAUUUCAUCCCAAUCUGGUGGUUGGUGGCACAUACUCGGGCCAGAUAGUGCUGUGGGAUAAUCGCAGCAAUAAGAGAACCCCGGUGCAGAGAACGCCACUUUCAGCUGCUGCUCACACGCACCCAGUGUACUGUGUAAAUGUUGUUGGGACCCAGAAUGCUCAUAAUUUGAUUAGUAUCUCAACUGAUGGGAAAAUAUGCUCUUGGAGUCUGGAUAUGCUUUCCCAACCACAGGAUAGCAUGGAGCUGGUUCACAAACAGUCCAAGGCUGUGGCUGUUACCUGCAUGUCUUUCCCUAUUGGAGAUGUCAACAACUUUGUUGUUGGCAGUGAAGAGGGCUCAGUCUACACUGCAUGCCGUCAUGGCAGCAAAGCUGGAAUCAGUGAGAUGUUUGAAGGACACCAGGGACCAAUCACAGGUAUCAACUGCCAUGCAGCAGUUGGACCUGUAGACUUCUCACAUCUUUUUGUCACCUCUUCUUUUGACUGGACAGUAAAGCUUUGGACAACGAAGAAUAACAAACCUCUCUACUCCUUUGAAGACAAUUCGGAUUAUGUUUAUGAUGUGAUGUGGUCUCCAACUCACCCUGCCUUGUUUGCCUGUGUGGAUGGGAUGGGCAGGCUUGACCUGUGGAAUCUCAACAAUGAUACUGAGGUGCCCACUGCAAGCAUCACCGUGGAGGGCAAUCCUGCUCUGAACCGUGUGAGAUGGACACAUUCUGGGAGAGAGAUUGCUGUAGGUGACUCAGAGGGACAAAUAGUUAUAUAUGACGUGGGAGAGCAAAUCGCCGUUCCUCGCGGGGAUGAGUGGACUCGGUUUGGCCGAACGCUGGCAGAAAUCAACGCCAACAGAGCUGACGCGGAGGAGGAGGCUGCGACCCGCAUCCCGGCAUAGAGCCCUCAAAAACAGCCUCCAGGGCUGCACUGGCAGUGACUGGAUGCAAAUCCUACGUGUCAGUUCUAAUCAUAGCUUAGGGGACGAAUAUAUGGAUUCAACAAUGGACUUUGAAAUGUAUUAAGAUCACUGAAAAUUAGAUCUUGCAUUGUUAAGUUUUAUAUAUAAAUUACAAGCACAUUCUUUUGUGUAACUUUUAAUACAGUUAACUUUGACUUUGCAAGGAUCUUUUGCUGAAACACUAACCUGGUAUGAAUUUGCUACUUGGCUUCUGUAAAGUCCAAUCUGAAAGAGUAUCUUUCUGAAAAGUAAAAGUUCUGCUCCUAAAACUUUCUGUGUUACAGACUAACCUUCACUAGGUAGUAAAUCUCUGAAGCAUUCUUUAAUUUGAAUUCUUCAAAUUACCCAUGAUAUGCAUGCAUAUGUUCCAAGUUUCAUUGUUUAUAUAUAGAUAAGCCUCAGAUUCUGGUAGUGGGUAAUAUAUGUGAAUAAAAAUUUGUCUGUAGUUACAAACUUACAUGAUAAUCAGACCUGAAUUAAUGAAAUACAUAUUUAAUACCAAUUUCCUUUUGUUUGAAUUGGUGCAUUGAACGGUGAGACGGAUUCACAAAUAAAUACUAUACAAGCACUUGUCAGCUGCCCUGACCUAUAAUCUGUGUCCCUGCAGUAAUUUAAAGUUUCUGGGAGCUGAUCCUUUUGUUUUACUGUACACAUCACAGGCUUGUUUUCUACCCCCAGCCACCCCUUACUGCCAUGGCAAUUGGCCAAUAGAAAAAAGGCUUCGGUUAUCAAAUGUUUCUCUUUCAAAUGGUAAGGAACUAGAUUUUAACUUAAUUCUUAUAGCAUGAAGAGUUUCAUUCUGUUAACUACAGACUUGCUACUAAUUUUAUGCACUAAGUUAAAGAUUUUAUUGUUCUUGAUUUUUAACAUUUUUAUUGAAACAAAACUUCUUGAUGGCUUGAAACAGAACGGUUGGAAUUUCUUUUAAAGGUUACUUUUUUUUGUUUCUUAGCACAUUAUGAAGUUUUCUAUUAAGACAAAUUACAAGGGGGCUGUUUCUUUUUGGUUUUUUUUUGUAAUAAAUACUGUGAGUUUUACUAAUUAGGCACUAAA